CUCAUCUCAUUGUUCUCCUCUCUCUUCGCCAAUUAACCAUUGAAGCUUCUUGUGGAAUUCCAAGCGUUUCAUUUUUUCCCGAGGGAAAAACAUCAGAGUUUGUUGAUUUUCCAUCUUCUGUUUGGAUCAAAGUCUAUAGUAGCUGAAAUCAAGUUGUGGGAACAGAUCCAUGGCGUUUGAGCAAUAUUUUAGCCAGGAGUGGAAGCAUAUCCCAGCUACCACAACACCUGAAAAUCUGAAUGGUUGCUUUGACUGCAACAUCUGCUUAGACUUUGCACAAGAGCCGGUUGUCACCCUCUGUGGCCACCUCUACUGCUGGCCUUGCAUCUACAAGUGGCUUCACGUCCAGAGUGCCUCCCUGGCCUCUGAUGAGCACCCACAAUGCCCGGUUUGCAAGGCUGAUAUAUCUCACACCACCAUGGUUCCCCUCUAUGGUCGGGGCCAAUCAGAAUCUGAGUUAGGAGGCAAGACACCAAAUAAGGGGAUGGCAGUACCCCCUAGACCUGCAGCUUGUGGAAACCAAGCUCUUCUAUCAACUACUACUCAGAAUGGUCAGCAGCUUGUCUAUCGUAAUCCUUAUCAAAACCAGAACUACAACAACGACGCACAAUAUGAAGAGGAUUCAACCUCAUCACUGCUGAACAUUGAACGGCCCACAAUGACUGGAUUUCAUCAUACAGGGGCUGGAAUGUUUGGUGAGAUGGUUUAUGCAAGGGUCUUUGGGAACUCCGAAAACUUAUACACUUAUCCGAAUUCAUACUACUUAGUGGGAAGUAGUAGUCCCAGAUUAAGAAGGCAGGUGAUGCAGGCAGACAAGUCACUUAACAGAAUUUCAAUUUUUCUCUUCUGUUGCCUUCUUCUGUGCUUACUUGUAUUUUGAGGUAAAGCUAUUAGCCCCCUUUUCUUUAUAUAGGCUCUGUAAAUAAUCAAGAAUGUAAGCAUCCUGUCACGACUACAUGAGACAAUGUUUUAUGAGGGAAUAUCAUGUGCUAUAUUGAUUUCUUAUGCCACCUUUGGCAAACUUGAGAUCGCCUGUUUUGAUGGGCAAGGUGGUAGAGUAAUAAUGGGCAUUGAAGAUGACAGCCACCUUCUUAUGUUAGAUCUAAAACAAGAGUCUGGUAGUGGAGCCGUAAAGGUGAAAACCUUCUAUUUAAGAUAAUGAAAACCAUUUGACUUCCAGCUUAAGGCUACUCUCCUCCGUGGCUCCACCAACCUAAGUACUUGUAUCUCCAUCUCCAUCCAAUAAAUAAUCAAACGCCUU